AUGGGAAAGAUUCCAAAGUCGAAUUUGCGAAUAACUGAAUUUCUGGUAAAUAAUCGGUUCUCUCGCUCUGACAACGUGCUGGACACGACGGUUGCCGGCUCAUAUGAAUAUAUUGAAGCCCGCGGCAACGAUGACCCUGAACAUGGCUACGAGACGGGCGUGAUUGUCGGUGUUGUCGUUUUUGCAUUUAUAGGCGCAUUUGUAUUCGUGUUACUCUACCUGCGGAGACGACCCGGGUCCCAAACGCGAAAUUGGUGCUUCCCAAAAGUCAAUAUAAAUAAAAAACUUAGAACGGAGAAGCUCCAGAGACGAAAGUCACAUGGGAUAAAAGAGAUGAUCCGCAUCUCCGCAUCAACCGAAUUUUCUGCAUUACAACCAGAACAACAACAAUGGUCGCCUGUUCAUGUAUAUCGCCCAAACCUCAAGUCUGCCCGCUCAUCAACCAUCAGCGAAGUCAAUACAGUUACUGAUCCGAAGACUCGCCCUGGUUUACCGCAGAAAUAUAGGGCCAAGUUCCCAGAGUCAUCUUGGUUGACACUCACUCCAAACAAUUUGGAUCGGCAGCUUGAUGUUGAAACGGCUGGCAGACCUGCAACAGCCAGAACGUCAAGGGUCACGAUUCCAUCUUACUACUACCAUUACUACCGCAAACACUUGGACCAAGACAGCUAUCGGGUUCAAUCACAGUCCUACCCAGAGUCACAAUUCUCGAGCGACUUGAUGAGCUACAGAGAUCGUUCUUCCAGGGGAUCCAUUUAUCAGAAAAGGGGUAACAGCACACACCACGAGAGAACGCCAACACUUAGCCAGCCUCUCGUAGCAGAUAGAAAUUUCAUCAAUGAUGACAAAAACCCAUCUAAGCCACCAGCGGACCUAGAUCCGAACCUGGCUUAUUUUGAGUUCGAUAUUCAGCUCCCACACAAACCGAAACAAGCCAUUCAUCCUCCUUCAUCUCGAAGAAGCAGGGGGAGCAUGGACACGUAUGAAUCAUACAUACAAUAUCAAGGCAGAAGGAAGAAGAAUAGGCAGACAGCAUCGUCAAUUGCGACUGUUUCUACGGCGCCCAUAUUUCGACAGCAUCCUGGGGAUGAAGUAGAUCUGGAAUCAUUGAGUCGAGUAGGGCGUGCACGAAGCUCGUUGUUGAACGGAUUGAUUAUACGUUGA